CGCUGGAGUGUCGCUAUGGUAAAUAAAUAUAGUUGCUUUGAAGACGAAAAUGUCUCUCAUGUAGAAGGAGAUAUAAAUCCUGUUCGAGACAUAGAAAUCAUUAAUGAAGAACUGCGACUCAAAGAUGAGGAAUAUCUAAUUAACAUAGUAGACAAACUUGAAAGGACAGUUAUUAGAGGUGGUGAUAAAAAGUCAAAACCAGAAUAUGAUGUUCUAUGUAAAAUUAAACAUUUAGUUGUGGAGGAGAAGAGACAUGUCAGAUUUGCCGAUUGGAAUGCUGCUGAAAUUGAAGUCCUGAAUAAGCAUCUUUUCCUAACAUCCAAACCUAUGAUUUAUUUAAUUAACCUUUCCGAAAAAGAUUAUAUAAAAAAGAAAAAUAAAUGGUUGCCAAAAAUCAAGGAAUGGGUUGAUAAAAAUGAUCCAAAAGCUGCUAUAAUACCUUUUAGUGGUGUAUUUGAGCAAAAAGUUUCAGAAAUAGAUCCAGAAGAAAGGCAAAAAUAUUUAGCUGAAGUUGGUGCAAAUAGCAACCUUGAAAAAAUUAUAGUCACUGGCUAUAGAACUCUUCAACUUAUAUAUUUCUUCACUGCAGGAAAAGAUGAAGUAAAAGCAUGGACUAUCCAG